CAUCUACGGACGAAGGGAUGGAUAUCAAAAGUUUAACUGAAGAUGCAAAAUCAGACACGACAGCAGAACGUUUUGACUUACAGGCUUUGUGGACCCGUGUCCAAGAUGAAAAGGAUACUACCGCUACACUCGGCGCACCAGAAGCGAGUGCGUUGGGUGAAAUGAUAGGCCAGAGGCUUAUUCAGCACCUAGCAUUGAAUCUGACGUUUAAAGAGGUUGCGGCCGAGUACGUUCGUGAAAAAAUCCGGAAUUCAGAUAUCUUUGGACUCAAGGUCGUCACUGAUGUUGCGGUACUUUCUGGUGACAUGGAACUAGACCGUCUGAAACUAUUCAAUGUAGGUGGGGUACAUGCGGAUUAA